UGGGAGGGGGGCGGGGGCUGGGGGCGAAGUGACCAGGCGGUGGCGGCGGCGGUAACGGCGGCUCUGCCGAGGUGACAAUGUGUUAGGAGCCCUCGUUCGGUCUCCUGCGCCUGUACGGCCUCGGCGCCCGCUCUCGCGGCGCUCGCGGAGCCCUCUAGCCCGCCGCUGCGCUAUGAGGGCGCCUCUCUGGGGCUGGCCCAGGCCGGAGCCAGCUUGCUCCGCUCCCGGGGAAGUGUGAAGAGAGAAGCGCGGGCGGGAGCCGGGGCUGCGCGCGGCGUUCGCGGGCCGGCGCGGGUUCCAGGUGAGCGCGGGCUCCGCGCACCCGGCACUCUCGGCGCGGCCGACCGGCGCCUGCUGGGCUAGUGGAAGCUGAAUCCCGCGUGUGGACUGCGGUUCCCUCUUCGCGGGAUCCUUGGCCACGAUAGCAGAUGCAUUUUGUAGGAGUAUUUCGAGGAUGAAUGUUUGCAAAUCAUUUUGAAAUUGCCAAAUGCCACAUACAUGGGAUGCAUCCUGCUUUUAUCUUGGAGUUCACCCCUGUGGCUUGGAGUUAUCACUGUAGCAUCUGUCUUCGAUCUGUGUGUUAACUAGAAAUCAAAAGAAGACAUGAGGAGGUUUGUUUACUGCAAGGUGGUUCUGGCCACUUCCCUGAUGUGGGUGUUUGUUGACGUCUUCUUACUUCUGUACUUCAGUGAAUGUAACAAGUGUGACGACAAGAAGGAGCGAUCCCUGCUACCAGCACUCAGGGCUGUUAUUUCAAGAAAUCAAGAAGGGCCAGGAGAAAUGGGAAAGGCUGUGCUGAUUCCUAAAGAUGACCAGGAGAAAAUGAAAGAACUGUUUAAAAUCAAUCAGUUUAACCUUAUGGCCAGUGACUUGAUCGCCCUUAACAGAAGUCUACCGGAUGUGAGAUUAGAAGGAUGCAAGACAAAGGUCUACCCUGAUGAACUUCCAAACACAAGUGUAGUCAUUGUGUUUCACAAUGAAGCUUGGAGUACUCUUCUUAGAACUGUUUACAGUGUUAUAAAUCGUUCCCCACGUUAUCUGCUCUCUGAGGUCGUCUUGGUAGAUGAUGCCAGUGAAAGAGAUUUUCUCAAGUUGACAUUAGAGAAUUAUGUGAAAAAUUUAGAGGUGCCGGUAAAAAUUAUUAGAAUGGAAGAGCGCUCUGGGUUAAUACGUGCCCGCCUUCGAGGAGCAGCUGCUUCAAACGGGCAGGUCAUAACUUUUCUCGAUGCACAUUGUGAAUGCACCUUAGGAUGGCUGGAGCCUUUGCUGGCGAGAAUAAAAGAAGACAGGAAAACAGUUGUAUGCCCCAUCAUUGAUGUGAUUAGUGAUGAUACCUUUGAAUAUAUGGCUGGGUCAGACAUGACUUAUGGGGGUUUUAACUGGAAACUGAAUUUCCGUUGGUAUCCUGUUCCCCAAAGAGAAAUGGAUAGGAGGAAAGGAGAUAGAACAUUACCUGUCAGGACCCCUACUAUGGCUGGUGGCCUAUUUUCUAUUGACAGAAACUACUUUGAAGAGAUAGGAACUUACGAUGCAGGAAUGGAUAUCUGGGGUGGAGAGAAUCUUGAAAUGUCUUUUAGGAUUUGGCAAUGUGGAGGCUCUCUGGAGAUUGUGACUUGCUCCCAUGUUGGUCACGUUUUUCGGAAGGCAACUCCCUACACUUUCCCUGGUGGCACUGGUCAUGUCAUCAACAAGAACAACAGGAGACUGGCAGAAGUUUGGAUGGAUGAAUUUAAAGACUUCUUCUAUAUCAUAUCCCCAGGUGUUGUCAAAGUGGAUUAUGGAGAUGUGUCAGUCAGAAAAACACUAAGAGAAAACCUGAAGUGUAAGCCCUUUUCUUGGUACCUUGAAAACAUCUAUCCGGACUCCCAGAUCCCGAGACGUUAUUACUCACUUGGUGAGAUAAGAAAUGUUGAAACCAACCAGUGUUUAGACAACAUGGGUCGCAAGGAAAAUGAAAAAGUGGGUAUAUUCAACUGUCAUGGUAUGGGAGGAAAUCAGGUAUUUUCUUAUACUGCUGACAAAGAAAUCCGAACCGAUGACUUAUGCUUGGAUGUGUCUAGACUCAGUGGACCCGUAAUCAUGCUAAAAUGCCACCACAUGAGAGGAAACCAGUUAUGGGAAUAUGAUCCUGAGAGACUCACCUUGAGACAUGUUAACAGUAACCAAUGCCUCGAUGAACCUUCUGAAGAUGACAAAAUGGUGCCUACCAUGCAGGACUGUAGUGGAAGCAGAUCCCAACAAUGGCUGCUAAGGAACAUGACCUUGGGGGCAUGAAGAUUGUUUCCCCAAAGCCAUGAAAGCAUCUACACUUUUGUUUUUCCAUUAUUUCAAUUAGGGAGAUAUUAACUUUGCUGAAUUGAAAGUUUUAAAAUCCUUUUAGUAUUCUAAAAUACAGUUGUUUAUAAUUUAUUUUUAGGAAUGUUUGCUUAUUUCCCUACUAAAAUUUGUAUCUGAUCAAAAGAAGCACAUACCAUAUAUAAAUAAUAGCAAACUGUUACUAAGCAAACAUCAGAACAACUUGAAAAAUAAAUUGUGUUUGCUUUAAAAAAAAAAAAAAAAAGAAUCUCUAUUGCCCUCAUCUCAUAAGAUCAGUCAGGGCUUACUUUUUGUUUUUGUCGUAGUGAUUAAAAGAGAGACAAUGUAAAUGCCUUAUAAAAUAUCUUCAUUGUGAUAUAUUAUCAAUUGUUUUAAAAACUCACUGUUUCUAAUGGACCUUUGUGGCAACAUGUUGAAUUUCUAUGUCAACAACAAGGCCACAUAUUGAAUUAUUUCUGAGCAGUGAAUUCAUCGUACAAGAUAAGUUUCAAUUUUGUAGGAAAAAAAUUAAAUUGGAUAUUGACUUCUCAUAGAGUCCUUACAAAAGCAUCACCAUUAAACAAAAUAGAGGAGAGUUUGAAAGUUCAAUUUCAAGUACAUGAAAUCAGAGGAAACUAGCUAGGCAUUGAGGAGAGCAAGAUGAAGUGAAACUGAAAAAAAUAAAUCAUUUUAAAAGACAUUCUCUUUGGGUUCCAAUCACUUCUAACACAGGUUGAGCAUAACAUCGUCUUGGUCCCAGAGUUGAUGCUGGAAACUCAAUUCUUAACCACUGCCUCUGUCUCAUAGAAACUACACAGACCCUUUUUCUCUUCAUGCUAGGGAGUGACUUGUCUCUUACACUGUACAGAAUUAUAGGUGAAGGGCAUAGUACUUUCCAUAAUUUUUAAUUCUUCUGCAUUUGAAGGUUCUAGUUAGGUCACUAUUACCAUUUUAAUUGUAUGUUUUAAAAAAUAAUGUGCUACUAUCAGAAUUUCACUGCCAUCCAAUAGUAUCUAAAGUUUUCACCAGGGGCAUGAACUCAAAACACAUCUAUUAAACUUUUAUUUUAAUUAAACUGCUUGAAAUCAUGCCAUAAACUAUAGUUCAAGGAAGAAUAAUAAUUAGACCAGCUUCACGUGUUCUUUUUCCAUCUUAAAAUCUUCUAUGUUCAAAAUACAUGAGCAGAAGAUGUGAAAAGGAAAGAAAAUUUAUCUGAGAUUCGUGCUAAGCCUUUACUUUUAGGAUCUGACACCAUUUAAAAUGCUCAUAAAGUUGUUCAGCAUAUGUAUCUUAUUCAUUAUAUGUGCACUAGGCUGCUAAAAGAAAUUUAGGGGGAAAAUGGAAGAAACAUCCUCUAGAGAAAAAGAUGCUACAUUUUUGGCCCCAUGUUUUCUUAAAAAUCCCUGAGAGAAACUUUUAAUAGUAUGGCUACACAAAAAUUUUCUUUGUCUCUAUCUCUCUCUCACACACACAGAAACACACACACACACACACACACACACACAGUGCUUUAUAAUGAAAAGGAGGACACUUUCUGAAGGCCAGUAAAAUCCUGUAUGAUUUUCCCAGCUAGCAUCCCCUUUCUGUUUUGGCUGUACACUGGUACAACUCUAAAGAAGAUUUCUACAACCUGAAGCAUUUCAGGUUUACUCCUUAAAGUGUACACACCCCUCACCUCAACGUGGCUGAGAAUCCAUCAGUCUCCUAAAAUUUUAAACAAAAGUUUGAGUGUUGGGGCCUAUUGUUUUGAGGAAAGAAUCUAUAGCUUAGAGCAAACUUCAAAGGAAGCUAUGCCUCCCAAGGGUUAGUGAACCACUGCCUUAAAUUGAUAACGGCCUCACAAGACAACCGAGGCUUACCUUAACCAUCACAUUUUCCACUUUGCUCUCUUUUCUUCCUGUCCUGACUAAAAUACAGUAAAAUGUCCCUGCACAGCAUUCUUCCUUAAACUUGAGUUCAAACCCACAAGGACUCUUUUAUACUAUCUGUUCCACUUAUUGUGGACUUGCCAAUCAAAAUGCAAUUUAUCUAUAAAAUGGUCAAUGAUUUAUUUAUUUAUUUAUUUAUUUAUUUUAGAAUACAGCUGCUCCAUGGAAACUGCCUUUGACACAUUUCAGCAGCAUUUUAAACAUUUGAAAGUCCAUUAUGGUCAUAGCAACAAUACAGGAAAAAUCAAAACUGUGGAAGUUCCAUAACAGAGAUUUUCAGAGAACCCUCAGAUGGUUUAAACACAUUGUUUAAAUGUGAAUUAAGGGUGUUUAAUAAACAAACAAAAAAUGCCAUAAAAUAGAAAACACCAAAACCCAGAAAGCAAUGGCUAACAUUCAACUUAAGCAAAAAGAUCUACUGUAUUCAGUACAGAACAUUAAAAAUGAUGACUGGCUUUACAAUGGAUUCGUCUUAGCUGUGGGGCUAGACUAACAAAUAUUUCAAAUGAUUUCAAAGUUCCCCUUCUGAUGUUUUCCCCACAGCAGUUAAUGCCAAUUCCAUCUUCCCAGAUGUCGAGAUCAAAAACCUCCAGUCACUUUUGAUUUGUUUUUUCUCUCAACUUUUAUCUAAUCCAUCAGCAAAUUCCCUUGAUUCUAUAUUUGAAAUAUAACCAGAAGCCAACGACUUCCCACCUCAUCCACUGUGUGCCACCACCUCUUAAUUUUUUUAAAUUGUGGUAUGCUUAUAAUUUGGUUCCCCUGAUUGCCCAACCCUUGCCUCCAACAGUCUGUAUUAGUCACAGCAGCCUUAGUGAUUUUGUUAAACAUCAGUUUGAUUUUGUCACUUCUUUGCUCACAACCCUCCAACGCCUUUCCAUGUUUAACGAAAUCUCUUAGAGUGGUCUUCAAGGGCCUCUCUCUGCACGCAUGUGCGCGCAAGUCCCUCCCCCACCCCGCCCCCACCACCCCACAUCCUCGCCAGGGCUCCUUUUCUGAGCGCAUCUCCUUGUGCCUCCCCUUAACUUGCUCCACUCUGGUUGCCAAGCAGGUUUUAGUCUCCUUGUUUUGCUCUCUCUGCCCCACAGAGUUCUGUCACCUCACUUUCUUUAGGUCUCUCUCCAAAUACUGUCUCAUCGGUAAGGCAAACCCUUCUUCCUCAUGCCCUCCCUAUCCCAUGUAUGUUCUCUGACAGACUAUAAAUUGGCUUUUUUUUUUCCCCCCUGUCUACUCUUCUACGUCUCCCCUGACCCUGCUUCCCAACAUUCUGAUCACACACCCUAGAAUGAAGCACCAUAAAGGCCAUGCUUUGCCAGUUUUAUUCACUGUGGUAUCCCCAGCAUCUAAUAUAGUUCUGGGCUCAAAGUAAGUAUUCUUUAAAUAUUUCUUGAAUUAAUGAACUGAAAAAUGUGUGUUAAAGUUGCUAAGUGCUACUGUAUCAUAUCUCUUUUUUUUUUUUUUGCACAGUAUUUUAAAUUUUAAAAGAAAACCUAGUAAUAUAUUUAGACAAGAUUUGCAUAACUUUGUCUCCAAAUGAUAAUUUUCUUCCUAAUAUUCUUUACGUUAAAGUAUGGACUAUAUUUUGUUCUCUGUGGUAAAAUAGCCUACCUUAUGGAAGUGAAAUAUGACAUUUUAUAAACAUGCUGCUAUAUUAUGUAAGUUGCUUUAUGAAGAUAAAAUUUUUAUUUUGA